UCCCCAAGUGAUCUCUCAUACACUCCUCUGCAUCUUCAAUUCUCGAAUCAGAUCUGCCGACAUGAUGGCUACACUUGUAAGCCUUGCCAGCUACCUAGCCGGAAUCGCGUACCCUGUACUGGUGUGGCUCCUGGUGUUUGCCGCCAUUAGCUUCGUCGUCUCCUUACCGCUGCCGUCGUCGGCCAUGGACGAGCACCCCUUGCUCAUCUCCACUGUCAGCAUCUUCCUCACAGUGGUGGUGAUGACAACUCCUCGAGAUACCCUUGUAAGCCUUGCUGGCUACCUUCCCGGGAUUGUGUACACAAUAGUGGUCUGGCUGCUGGUGUUUGCCGCCAUUAGCUUCGUCGUCUGCAUACCGCUGCCGUCAGCCAGGCCUGGGCACACCUUCCUCACCUUCACAGUCACCAUCUUCCUCACAGUGGUGGUGAUGAGAACGCCAUUGGAUACAAUUUUUGCUCUUCCUGGCUACCUGGCCGGAACUGUAUACCCUGUAUUGGUGUACCUGCCCGGAAUCGUGUAUCCUCUAGUGGUCUGGCUGCUGGUGUUUGCCGCCAUUAGCUUCGUCGUCUGCAUACCGCUGCCGUCAGCCAGGCCUGGGCACACCUUCCUCACCUUCACAGUCACCAUCUUCCUCACAGUGGUGGUGAUGAGAACGCCAUUGGAUACAAUUUUUGCUCUUCCUGGCUACCUGGCCGGAACUGUAUACCCUGUAUUGGUGUACCUGCCCGGAAUCGUGUAUCCUCUAGUGGUCUGGCUGCUGGUGUUUGCCGCCAUUAGCUUCGUCGUCUGCAUACCGCUGCCGUCGUCGGCCAUGGACGAGCACCCUUUCCUCAUCUCCACUGUCAGCAUCUUCCUGACAGUGGUGAUGAUGACAACUCCUCGAGAUACUCUUGUAAGCCUUGCUGGCUACCUUCCCGGGAUUCUGUACACAAUAGUGGUCUGGCUGCUGGUGUUUGCUGCCAUUAGCUUCGUCGUCUGCAUACCGCUGCCGUCAGCCAGGGGUGAGCACACCUUCCUCACCUUCACAGUCACCAUCUUCCUCACAGUGGUGGUGAUGAGAACGCCAUUGGAUACAAUUUUUGGUCUUGCUGGCUACCUGGCCGGAAUCAUAUACCCUGUACUCGUGUGGCUGCUGGUGUUUGCCGCCAUCAGCUUCGUCAUCAACAUCGUGUGCCCUCUAUUACCGCUGCCGCCGGCCAUGGACAAGUACCCAUUACUCAUGUUCACUGUCCCCAUCUUCCUAACAGUGGUGCUGACGAGAACGCCAUGGAAUACAAUUCUUGGCCUCGCCGGCUACCUUCUCGAGACCGCGUACUUGCUGCUUCUGUGGUUUCUUGUGUUUCUGGCCAUAGGCGCAGUUGUCAGUAUACUUGUGCCGUCAGCCAUUAAGGAGUACCCUAACUUGGCCGUCCAGUUCACCAUCGGCCUUACGGUGGUUCUGAGAAUCCCAGCUUUAGGGGGCACAACCCUUGACAUCGUGUGCCUGCUGCUGGUGUGGUUUCUGCUGUUCUACUCCGUUGGUGCAGUGGUCAGCAGAAUACUUGUGUCGUCUGCCGCCAAGAAGUGCCCCAUGUUAACCUUUGUGUUCGUGGUCGGCCUCACGCUGGUGGCGAUGAGAGUGCUGUGGGGAUGGGGAACAAUCGUCCAGCUGCCAGCAGGGAUCUCUUUAGCUCCCACAAACUUGCUGCUGGACGAGUUGGUUUUGGAUGAUUUUGUCAGGUUCCCAGAGUCUCGUCAGAUGGAUCUCAUCUUCAGAGACACUGAAGAAACGAAGGUGGAACACAAGAGGGAUAUGGAGAAGAUCAUCUCAUUAGGAUCCAAUCUGCUUGCAGAGGAGAUUAAGGACCUUAAGCAUGAUGUGCUAUACCAAGGAGCAAUUCAGAGAUUGGUCAUCUACAUGGUCACGGUCCUGAUUAUUACCAUGGGCUGCAUGAUAGUUGGUUUUACUGAAAAUGCAUAUGGUGAGUUGAUCAAUAGAUGUGUUUUCAAGGGGAAUGCUUUGGCUAAGGAUGCGCUGGGCAGUUUUCGUUGGCACAUCCUUCGUUAUGCCUCGAGGAUUUCUAGAUAGUACUUCGUCCGAUCCAUCUUAAUUGUUGCUGGUCUAAUACAGCUUGUAUUCAUGUUGUAGCCAUCCAAGCUUUUCCGGGAGCGCUGUUUAUUCUAAAUGUAUAUAUCGUAUGUAUGCUUAUACUUACAAAUAUACUCCCUCCGUCCCAAAAUUCUUGUCUUAGAUUUAUGUAGAUAUGAAUGUAUCUAGUCACAUUUAGUAUUUAGAUACAUUCAUUUCUAGUCAAACCUAAGACAAGAAUUUUGGGACAGAGGGAGUAGUUCGUUAGGGUCGCCAAGUUACUGACUAGUUAGGAUACGAUCUGAAGAUUGUAUGCAGUUGUAACCAACCCUGUGAAACCAUGAUAUUGUUCAGUAUAUAAAUAGAGGUGUAGCCAACAGUUUAGCUGUGCGCAUUGAUCA